AUGGAGCAGCACACCGUCCGCCGUCGGGGCCUCGGUCUCCGUGGUGUCGAUGAGCAACAAGUAUCCCCCGGCUACGUCCUCUACUCACCUCUCACAUCGAACACCGCACACCUCGUUUCAACUUCCGGCAAAGAAGUCCACCGAUGGACUCUACCUCAUCGUGCUGGACGCCAUUCCCGUAUUCUACCUGAUGGAUCUCUUGCCUACAAUGGCGUUCACCCGGACGCUCCCAAGCUGUUUCCCAUGUGGGCCAAGUACCGCGGCGGCGUCAUGAUGCAGCUUGACCCAUCCGGUGAGAUCUUACGACAGUAUUCCGACCCCUACGCACACCAUGACCAAAAUCACCUGGACAAUGGAACCCUCCUCUAUACCGUUCUUGAACCUCUCUCAGCCGACGAAGCCUCCCGCGUGCGCGGCGGCAUCCCCGGCAGCGAAGCACCCGGCGGUGUGGUCUACGGCGAUUGCAUCAAGCUAGUAGACCCCUGGUCCGGCUCAAACAGCUCCUCGUCAGCCGACUUCGACGGCAGCGGGGGCACAUGCGGUGCCAAGCUGCUCUGGUCCUGGCGCGCAAUCGACCAUUUAGACCAGGACGUCUUCGCGGCGCACCCGCACUAUCCACGCGAACACUGGCCUCUCAUAAACAGCGUCAGCUUUGACUCGGACGGGAACAUCAUCGCUUCGACGCGCAAUGCAUCCGCAGUAUUUAUCAUCAGCCGCGAGAGCGGCGAGGUCCUGUGGCAGCUGACCGCGCCGACGGUGUGCCAACAGCACUGCGCGCAUCAAAUAAACGCCGCGGGUGACAUCCUCAUUCUCGACAACGGCGUCUUCAGACUCGGUAUCUCGGUCCCGUUUUCGCGGGCUAUCAUCGUCUCUCGCGAUAAGCAGAUCAAAUGGGAAUACAAAGAUACGACGACUGGUGGCCUGGGCUUCUUCACGCCGUUCAUGGGAUCCGCGCAGAAACUGCAGGAUGGGAACGUGCUGAUCUGCGAGGCGGCUACCGGGAGAAUAAUUGAGGUGACGGAGGGUGGCGAGGUGGUGUGGGAGUUUGUCGUUCCGCAGCUGCAAGAUUAUAAGGGGGUUAUGCGUACAGAUGAGCUGGAGGAGAUGGAGAGGAUUGGGUUUUCGAAUCAGAGCAAUGCUAUCUUCAGGGCUUAUAAGUAUCGGCUGGAGGAGGUGCCCUGGCUGAAAGAAGCUUUGAAUCGGUUGAGAAAUGUGGUGGCUACGCGCUAUGUCCAUGUGGAUCUCAAGGUGAAAUAA